AAUGGAACCUAAAUCCAGCUUAAGCUCACAGGAGGAACGUGCUCUUAAAAGUUCAGAGAAACUCAAAAUGUUGGACAUAACGCGAGAUAAGCCAGUUAAGGUGUCCGUUAAAGUGGCCGUACCGGUGCGGGAUCAUCCCAAAUUCAAUUUUGUUGGAAAGCUGCUGGGCCCGAAGGGCAAUUCAAUGAAGCGUCUCCAGGAGGACACAAUGUGCAAAAUGGCCGUACUGGGGCGAGGCUCGAUGCGCGACCGCCGGAAGGAAGAGGAGCUGCGAGCCAGUGGCGACAGUCGUUACGCCCAUCUCUUUGAAGACCUGCACGUGGAGAUUUCAACCUUUGCGGCUCCCGCCGAAGCACACGCUCGCAUUGCCUACGCCCUGGCGGAAGUGCGUCGGUUUCUGGUUCCGGACUACCAUGAUGACAUACGACAGGAGCAGAUGUGGGAAAUGCAGGCACUGACGUCGACACCCACAUUGAGCCACCUCGACGACUCGCAGAGUCCGACAAACACAAACCGCGGCCUGGGCGGUGGCCUGGCCGACAUGGACACGUCCAAUGACGACAAAUCGGACAACGAUACUAGCGGCAUGGAUUGCCUAUCGCCGGAUAAGCUUGACUGUAGUCAAUCCUGCAGCAGCAGCGGUGGCGAUACACAGCUCCAACAGCAGCAACAUCAACAUCAGCAGCAGCAGCAGCAGCAUCAUCAUCAUCAUCACCAGCCAACCAGUCACUUCCAUCAGCUACUUCAAACACAUGGCGGAGCAAGUGCUGCAGCUGCGGCUGCCGCCUGUGGUGACCAUCUCGCUGGACAAACAACUACUGCAACAGCAGCUGCACUUCACACCACAGCAAUGGCGGUGGCACUGCAGCAUCAGUUGACGGCUGCCGGCAUAGGUGGACUUUUGAAGCCAGCACAGGGCGUGGGAGUGGGAGUGGGCGGUGGCAUGUCAGGUUUGCCUGCAGCACAGAGCGGCGCUUCGGCACUGCAACUGUCUGGAGAUGGGGAUGCAAACACAUCAGCAUUAACGUUGCUGGAACCACCAGGAGCGCUGCUGCAUCCCGCGCUGCGUAACGUGAAGGCCAUCAACAUAGGUGGCGGCCUUGGACGCAAACGACCGCUUCUGGGUGUUCCUCGAUCUGGCAUGAAUCCCACUAAGCGCACCGUGAUGAGUUUGCUGGCGCGGGCCAAGAACUCGCAGGCUUUGCACACAGUGCGUCAACCCGUCGUCACCGCCACCAGUUUUGCCGAGCCUCUGCAGAUGCUGGCCUCACCUUUCAUCAUUCCGCACCAGGGAAUGGAUCAGUCGAUCUUAGCGCUGCCCAAGGAGAGUCUCGCCCAAGGCGUCUAACCCUACGACUUCUACACGCUGCGCAGCACUGAUGGUCCAACCUGACCGACUACAAUUUGCCCCGCCUCCUUCUUCUAAAGACACAAAUAAGUUAAGGUUACCAAACACAAUUUAUGGAAUACACGAUGAGGAAAUUCGAAUCCAUCGAGAAGCCCAUCGCACGAUGCAUUACGAGUUCCGAUAAAAACUAUUUAAAUCCUCACAUGAUGCCCCUUGGGGAAUAACUGUACACGUCUUUGAAGAAACUCCAGAGGUAAUACCAAUACCAGAGAGCCUACUGUCUACACACGAUUUGUUUUUAAGUGAAGUAUAAAUAAAUGAAGCAAGUACUUUUAA